CAAAAGAAACAUCUUUGACCAUUUCUCUCCUACUUUCGUUCGACAAUUUCGUCCCUUUGUUAAGAAAGAAAGCUGUCUUCAUAAUUAUCUCCGAAUUUCACUCUUCCCGAUGAUGUUUUAAUUUGAUGAACCUUGCUUCUUUGUUCACUGUAAGCCAAGUGUUCAGCUCGGAUUUCUGUGUUAGACUGCGAUAUGUUUGGCCAGAAAGACAAGUUUGUGAGGUUGGAUGAUUUGGAUUCAAGAUUAUCAUCACCCUCUUCUUCAGUUGCUAUAAACAAAUGUGGAUUCGACGGAUUAACCCGUCCAAGACACGCAACCGCUAUUCCCACAAGGUCGUUCAAAAACGGAAUCCGAAAAGGAUCGGAAGGACUUAAAUCAAUCGGUCGAUCACUCGGAUUCGGGGUUUCUCAUGCGGUUUUCCCUGAAGAUCUAAAAGUUUCCGAGAAAAAGAUCUUAGACCCUCAAAAUAAAUUCCUUCUUACAUGGAACCGAUUCUUUGUUCUCUCGUGUAUUCUCGCUGUAUCCAUUGAUCCGUUGUUUUUCUAUCUCCCGGUUUUCGAUAAAACGAAAACUUGCCUUGGUAUAGAUCGAAAGCUGGCCAUUAUUGCUACAACGUUGAGAACUAUUGUUGAUGCGUUUUAUCUCUUUCACAUGGCUCUUGAGUUCAGAACCGCUUAUAUAGCUCCAUCGUCGCGUGUGUUUGGACGUGGUGAACUCGUUAUAGAUCCCGGACAAAUAGCAAAGAGAUACUUGCGUUGGUAUUUCAUCAUCGAUUUUCUUUCUGUGCUCCCCCUGCCGCAGAUUGUUAUCUGGAGAUAUAUGCGGAGGUCUACGGGUUCAGACGUACUGGCUACAAAGGAAGCCUUACUUUAUAUCGUGUUGAUUCAAUAUAUCCCCAGAUUUGCCCGAAUCGUGCCUUUGACUUCAGAACUGAAAAGGACCGCUGGUGUACUUGCUGAAACUGCGUGGGCCGGGGCUGCUUAUUAUUUGUUGCUCUACAUGCUUGCCAGUCAUAUAGUUGGGGCCUUCUGGUAUUUGUUGUCUGUAGAGCGUAACGAUACAUGCUGGAAGAAAGCUUGUGAACACAAGAAUAUUAAUUCAGAUUUAUUGUAUUGCGGAAAUGAGCACAUGCAAGGUUAUAGCGACUGGAUCAGUAACAGUACCAAUGUUUUAAACGAGGCUUGCUCUCCAGACGGCGAUAAACCGCCAUUUGAUUUUGGAAUUUUCACACAGGCUUUGUCAUCGGGCAUUGUGUUCUCCACACAAUUCGUUCAAAAGUACUGCUACUGCUUGUGGUGGGGCCUGCAAAAUUUGAGUACUUUAGGACAGGGGCUCGAAACCAGCACUUAUCCUGGAGAGACUAUAUUUUCAAUCGCGCUAGCCAUAUCGGGGCUCAUUCUAUUUGCUCUGUUGAUUGGCAACAUGCAGACCUACCUUCAAUCUCUUACCAUCCGGCUUGAAGAGAUGAGAGUUAAGAGGCGCGACUCAGAGCAGUGGAUGCAUCAUCGGUUACUUCCCGAGGAUCUUCAGGAGCGCGUUAGACGCUACGAUCAGUAUAAGUGGUUAGAAACUCGAGGUGUCGAUGAGGAGAAUUUGGUUCACUCUCUACCUAAGGAUCUCAGACGGGACAUCAAGCGUCAUCUUUGUCUUGCUUUGGUCAAAAGGGUUCCUCUGUUUGAGAACAUGGAUGAACGGUUGCUAGACGCCAUUUGCGAACGGCUAAAACCGUGUUUAUACACAGACAGCAGCUACAUUGUUCGCGAAGGAGAUCCAGUUGAUGAAAUGCUUUUCAUCAUACGCGGCCGUCUCGAGAGUGUGACCACCGAUGGCGGCAGAAGCGGGUUUUUCAAUCGUAGUUUGUUAAAAGAAGGAGAUUUCUGCGGCGAGGAGCUUCUGACGUGGGCCCUCGAUCCCAAAUCGGGCGCUAAUCUUCCAUCAUCCACAAGAACCGUGAAGGCGUUAAGAGAAGUGGAAGCAUUUGCUCUACCAGCCGACGAGCUUAAAUUCGUCGCCAGUCAGUUCCGACGACUUCACAGUCGGCAGGUACAGCACACUUUCCGGUUUUAUUCGCAGCAGUGGCGGACGUGGGCGGCGUGUUUCAUUCAGGCGGCAUGGCGGAGAUAUUCCAAGAGGAAGAUACUGGAGCAGCGGCGGAAGGAGGAGGAAGAGGAGGCGGCACGCAACAGUAGUGCUAGCGGUGGAGGUCCUUCUUACAGCCUCGGGGCGACCUUUUUGGCUUCGAAGUUUGCGGCUAACGCGCUUCGUGGGGUCCAACGCAACCGGAACCUGAGGACUGCUAGGGAAUUGAUGAAAUUGCAAAAGCCUCCGGAGCCUGAUUUCACUGCUGAUGGUGAUUAGUUUUUGUGUAUUGUUUGUGCUUAUAAGAAGACACUGGGUAUAGACCUUAUAAAAUACUGAAUGUGGUUUGAUGAGAGGAUUUGAAAUUGUAACAUAGUUGCUGUAAAGAUGAUUGUAAACAAUAUUAUUAUUGUUAUUAUUAUUAAUUGUUAUUGUUUAUAUUGUUA